AUGGCUCCUAAUUUCUCUUCUGACGACAACGUACCGGGCCACACCACGGCGGUGGCCAUCGACAAAGAUAAAAACAGCCCCCUUGCUGUACGUUGGGCUAUCGAUCAUCCUGUCAUCACCAAUCCAUUCAUCAUCUUGAUCCAUGUUAAACAUAAAAACCAGGGUGAAAACGAAUCUGAUUAUGACAUAAACCAGCUUUUCAUUCCUUUUCGCGGCUACUGCGCACGCAAAGGGAUUCAGUUGAAGGAGGUUAUCCUGGAAGAUGUUGAUGUCUGCAGAGCCCUUCUGGAAUAUGUCAGCAAAAACUUGAUUAACAACCUGGUUAUUGGUGCAACAACAAGGAAUAGUUUAUCAAGUUACUUAAACUAUAGGAAAUCCAAGAAUGACAUACCCGCAAACAUUAUCAAAAGUGCACCGGAAUUUUGUUCCGUGUAUGUGAUUUCCAAAGGUAAGGUAUUGACCAUGCGAACCGCACAGCGGCCUGUUUCGAACACUGCUACCCCACCAAAGGCGCUGUUUGGAUUGCCACAGCAUUUUCCUUCGGAUCAACUUGAUGAAGAUGGAAUCAGACGACAAUUUGGUAAGGCAGAGUCGAGAAAUGGAGGAGCAGAUAGAGUAUCAGUAUCGAUGGGUAGUCCCCCAAAAUUACCUAUGCGUGACCGUGACAGAAAAAAAGGCUCGCCUGCAAAUAUGUCACUUGACCUUGAUGCAGCUAUGCGAGCGGGACAGCCUUCAUCUAGCCAAGAUACUUUAUCAAUCGAUACGGAUUUUUCAAACUUAUUUUCCCAUGGAUCUGUAGAUAUGACUGACCAAAAUUUAGAUUUUUCUAUGGUUUCCGCUACCCCUACGGGACAGGUUCCUCGAGGCACACGAGACAUGGAAGCUGAAAUGAGAAGGUUGAAGCUUGAACUUAAGCAAACCAUGGAUUUGUACAGCACAGCUUGCAAAGAAGCUCUUACAGCCAAAAGAAAGGCUGAUGAACUUCAUCAGUGGAAAAUGGAGGAGGCUCGCAAGUUUGAGGAAGCGAGGCAAGCUGGAGAGGCAGCUCUUGCCAUGGCAGAGAAGGAGAAGGCUAAAUGCAAAUCUGCCAUGGAAGCAGCCAAGGCAUCGCGGAGAUUGGCGGAGAUAGAAGCACAUAGAAGAAGACAAGCAGAGCUUAAAGCCAAGAAGGAGUCUGACGAGAAGACUCGGGCUUUGAACGUUUUGGCAAAAAAUGAUGUCCGGUACCGAAAAUAUAGCAUCGAAGAAAUUGAAGAAGCUACUGAAAAUUUUGCAGCAUCAAAUAAGAUUGGAGAAGGAGGUUAUGGGCCUGUUUUUAAAGGCAAACUUGAUCACACUCCCGUUGCCAUAAAAGUUUUAAGACCUGAUGCUGCUCAAGGAAAGAAACAGUUCCAGCAAGAGGUUGAGGUUCUUUGCUGCAUGAGACAUCCAAACAUGGUCCUUCUCCUUGGUGCCUGUCCCGAAUAUGGAUGCUUGGUAUAUGAAUACAUGUUGAAUGGCAGCUUAGAGGAUAGGCUAUUUCGAAGGGGAAAUACUCCUCCACUUUCAUGGAGGAAACGAUUUAAUAUAGCUGCUGAAAUCGCGACUGCCCUUCUAUUCCUUCACCAAGCAAAGCCAGAACCACUUGUGCAUAGGGAUCUUAAGCCGGCUAACAUUCUCCUAGACCGUAAUUAUGUGAGCAAGAUCGCUGAUGUCGGCCUAGCACGGCUAGUUCCACCUUCUGUAGCUGACAGUGUGACACAAUAUUACAUGACUUCAGCUGCAGGGACAUUCUGUUACAUAGAUCCUGAAUAUCAACAAACGGGCAUGCUAACAACUAAAUCAGACAUAUAUUCACUUGGAAUAAUGCUUCUCCAGAUUAUUACGGCCAAGCCUCCAAUGGGUAUUGCUCACCAUGUUGCAAAGGCCAUUGAAAAAGGAACUUUAGCCGAUGUACUUGAUCCAGCCGUGCCGAAUUGGCCACUUGAAGAGGCUUUAUCAUUUGCUCAAUUAUCACUCAAGUGUGUAGAGCUGAGGAAGAAGGACAGACCGGAUCUUGGCACUGUUAUAGUGCCGGAACUUAAUCGAUUAAGAGAUUUGGGAAUGAGGUCCAAACCUCGCGAUCGUAGUAAUAGUCGCGGUCCCCUUUCGAGGUCAAGGAUACCUUCAGAAGAUCAGGAAUCAUCGAGUAUGACUUCAAGUUCCGAAUGAAGUUCAAGACUAGAUUGAUGGAUUGAAGGAAAUAAAACAAGAUGGAGAGGGAAAGAUGUCGGAUUAUACAAUAUAA